GGUUUCCCGAGAAAAUCCCCGAAAAAGAAAAUAAAAAAAAAAAAAACCGAAAAUCACCACACCCCGCUCUCUGUAUGGCGGUCCGAGCCUCCGUGUCGCGGUUUCCGAUCGACGCCGGGGCCCACGAGAGCUCAGGCAUCCCAUGGGGCGUUUCGGUGACGCCGUUCGCGACGAAGGACGAGAACGGCCAGUCGCCGGCGUACGGAUCGGACGGCCAGCUGCUGCCGAGGUGCGAGAACUGCUGGGCGUAUUUCAACACGUUCUGCGAGCUGGAUCAGUGGUCGUGGAACUGUGCCCUGUGCGGAAACCCCCAGGGGCUUUCGUCUCAGGCCAUUGCUCGAUACUCGCACCCUCAGUCCUGCCCCGAAAUGAUGUCCUCGUUCGUAGAUCUGGAGCUUCCUGUAGAAGAGUCGGAUGAAGUAAUGCAACCUCGCCCAGUUUACGUUGCAGUCAUUGAUUUGUCCUCUUCAGAAGAAUUUUUGGAACUUAUUAAAAGUGCAUUGCUGGCCUCCUUGGAAGCUCUUGGGCCCGGUUCUCUGUUUGGUCUUGCUACUUUUAGCCACAAAUUAGGGUUGUAUGAUGUUCAAGGACCUAUACCAGUUGUAAAGAAUGUUUUCAUUCCACCGGAAACAGACGGUACCCUACCAAUUGAGCUUGAAGAUGUCAUGCCAUUGUUACAGUUUUUGGCUCCAGUGGAAACUUGUAAGGACCGUAUUGGAUCUGCACUUGAAACGCUCAGACCAACAACUUCAUGGGAGAGAACUACAGCAGCUGGUCAAGGAAUUGAUGGUGUUUUGAUGGGCGGGCGAGGGUUUGGGGUGGCAAUGGAAGCACUUUUGAACUACCUUGGAUCUGAGUAUGGAAGUACAUUUGCAUUAGGUAGAGUCUUUGCCUUUUUGUCUGGUCCUCCUGAUUAUGGAGCUGGGCAACUAGAUACAAGACGUUAUGGUGAACAAUAUGCUAGUAAGGGAGAGGAUGCGGACCGUGCAUUGCUUCCUGAGCAGACACCAUUCUACAGAGAUCUGGCUGCUGUCGCUGUUCAAGCAGGUGUUUGCGUGGACAUUUUUGCUGUUACAAAUGAGUAUACAGAUUUGGCGUCUUUGAAGUUUCUAAGUGUAGACAGUGGAGGCUCAUUGUAUUUAUAUUCGAACACUGAUGACUCAACUCUUCCUCAGGACAUGUACCGAAUGCUAAGUCGGCCAUAUGCUUUUGGUUGUGUACUGCGAUUGAGGACCUCAUCUGAAUUCAAAACUGGCCACUCUUAUGGUCAUUUCUUUCCGGAUCCACAGUAUGAGAAUGUUCAACACAUUAUCUGUUGUGAUUCUUAUGCGACAUAUGCUUAUGACUUUGAGUUUGAAGACACCAAGGGAUUUGCAAAACAUGGAUCAGAGCCUCCUAUUAUACAGAUUGCAUUUCAAUACACUGUUGUACUGCCUCCUAAGGAGCUCUCCGAUUCAACAUCCGUGUCCUCAAGUAGAGGCAAGUAUUCCCUUAAACGACGACUAAGGAUCCGAACAUUACAAUGUGGAGUUGCCCAAAAUAUGAAUGAACUCUACGACAGUGUUGAUCCUGAAGUAAUCCUGUCACUGCUUGUUCACAAGGUUAUACUAGCCUCUUUGGAGCAAGGAGUUCGGGAAGGCAGAAUAUUGCUUCAUGAUUGGCUUGUGAUCCUAACAGCUCAAUACAAUGAAGCGUAUAAACUAAUUCAAUACAAGAAUGGGAGUGCAGGAACUGCUCAGAUUGAUGUUGCAUUCACACAAUGUCCAGAACUGCAGCCUUUGCCCCGCUUGGUUUUUGCAUUGCUUCGAAAUCCUCUGCUCCGUUUUCAUGAAGAAGGUGUUCAUCCGGACUACCGAAUCUACCUGCAGUGCCUUUUCAGUGCACUGGAACCAAGUUCACUUCAUCGUGCCGUGUAUCCAGUGCUGACCUCCUAUUCUACUCCAGACAAACAAGCAUACCCACGCCAUUCACCGAGUCGUGCAGCGCUGAUUACCAGUGGUAGUCCUAUAUUUUUCCUUGAUGCAUUUACGUCUCUGAUUGUGUUCUAUUCCUCAACGGCAGACCCUUCACUUCCUUUUCCUCCACCUCAUGAUUGUUUGUUGCGGACUGUGAUCAACAAUUUGAAGAAAGAGAGAUGCAUCACCCCCAAACUCAUAUUUAUCAGAGGAGGGCAGGACGAUGCUACACCUUUCGAGAAUUAUCUUAUUGAGGAACAGGAUGUUGACGGAAGCGGUAUACGAGCGUUAUGGGUUUUGUUUCCUUUCUGGAGGAUGUUACGCAGAGUGUGCUAGAAUACAUGAAGUCUGGUAUCUGAAUUUAAUCACAAGGUACAGGAAGGGGGUGCUUAAAUCACAUAAAGUUGUUGGUACCGAGUCUACUGACAACUAGCUGUCUGGCCAUCGACAUUGAGAGUGUUUAUUCUGCUGGUCGAACCAAAUGUAGCGAGGGUUUCUAAUUCUCUUUUAUUCGAGAGCACCGUGCGUGGUACAAAUUACCCAGAAAUCACAUUUACCUAGUUGUAAAAGAUAGUUACAGGCAGUUAAGAGCUCAACUUUCUGGUCAAAUCAUGAAAAUAUGAGUGGUAAAAGUUGCUUCUGGGUUUUCCAUUGCUUGGAUUUAGAACCAUGUAGUUUUCAUGAAAGUUAUGUUAUACAUUCCUUAAUCCUCAGUGGUGAAAAGUUGAAUGUUUUGUUCA